GGCGGGCGGCUCGCAGCGGCGGCACGAUGCCCGUGCGCCUCGCCACGGCGCUGCGUGUGAUCGGGACCAGCUUCUUCGCCCUGCUGGUGCUGGGGGGCAUCCUGGCCGCCUACGUCACCGGCUACCAGUUCAUCCACACCGAGAAGCACUACCUGUCCUUCGGGCUGUACGGCGCCAUCCUGGGCCUGCACCUCUUCAUCCAGAGCCUCUUCGCCUUCCUGGAGCACCGGCGCAUGCGGCGCGAGGGGCGGCCGGUGAAGGUGCCGCGCGCCGUGGCCCUGUGCAUCGCGGCCUACCAGGAGGACCCCGAGUACCUGCGGAAAUGCCUGCGCUCCGUGAAGCGCAUCUCCUUCCCCGACCUGCGCGUGGUGCUGGUGGUGGACGGCAACGGCCCCGACGACAUGUACAUGCUGGACAUCUUCCGCGAGGUCAUGGGCUCCGACGGUGCCGGCUGCUACGUCUGGAAGAGCAACUUCCACGCGCGCGGCGAGGGCGAGACGGAGGCCGGGCUGCGGGAGGGCGUGGACCGCGUGCAGCACCUGGUGCGCGCCAGCCCCUACGCCUGCAUCAUGCAGAAGUGGGGCGGGAAGCGCGAGGUGAUGUACACGGCCUUCCGCGCGCUCGGUGACUCCGUCGACUACAUCCAGGUGUGUGACUCGGACACGGUGCUGGACCCCGCCUGCACGGUGGAGAUGCUGCGUAUCCUGGAGGACGACCCCCGCGUGGGUGGCGUCGGCGGAGACGUCCAGAUCCUGAACAAGUACGACUCGUGGAUCUCGUUCCUGAGCAGCGUGCGGUACUGGAUGGCCUUCAACGUGGAGCGGGCCUGCCAGUCCUACUUCGGCUGCGUGCAGUGCAUCAGCGGGCCGCUGGGCAUGUACCGCAACGCCCUGCUGCAGCAGUUCCUGGAGGACUGGUACCACCAGACCUUCCUGGGCAGCAAGUGCAGCUUCGGGGACGACCGGCACCUCACCAACCGCGUGCUGAGCCUGGGCUACCGGACCAAGUACACGGCCCGCUCCAAGUGCCUGACGGAGACGCCCACGCGCUACCUGCGCUGGCUCAACCAGCAGACGCGCUGGAGCAAGUCGUACUUCCGGGAGUGGCUGUACAACGCGCUGUGGUUCCACAAGCACCACCUGUGGAUGACCUACGAGUCCGUGGUCACCGGCUUCUUCCCCUUCUUCCUCAUCGCCACCGUCAUCCAGCUCUUCUACCGGGGCCGUGUCUGGAACAUCCUCCUCUUCCUCCUCACCGUGCAGCUGGUCGGCAUCGUCAAGGCCACCUACGCCUGCUUCCUGCGGGGCAACGCCGAGAUGAUCUUCAUGUCCCUCUACUCCCUGCUCUACAUGUCCAGCCUGCUGCCCGCCAAGAUGUUCGCCAUCGCCACCAUCAACAAGUCGGGCUGGGGCACUUCGGGCCGCAAGACCAUCGUGGUCAACUUCAUCGGGCUCAUCCCCGUCUCGGUGUGGGUGGCCGUGCUGCUGGGGGGCCUGGCCUACACUGCCUACAGCCAGGACCUGUUCAGCGAGACGGAGCUGGCCUUCCUCAUCUCGGGCGCCGUCCUCUACGCCUGCUACUGGGUGGUGCUGCUCAUGCUCUACCUGGCUAUCGUGGCCCGGCGCUGCGGGAAACGGCCGGAGCAGUACGGGCUGGCCUUCGCCGAGGUGUGAGGGAGCAGGGGCAGAGCGGGGCAAGUGCAAUGGGCAGGGAGGGGAGGGAUGAGAGGGGAGAUGUGGGGGGCUCCGUCCCGCUCGGGCUUCAGUUUUUGUUGUGGGUUUUUGCGUUGCCGUCCAAGGGCUGAGAUGAGGCCGGGAGGAGCCUGGGGCCGCGUGGAGAUGCGCCCCGCAGAGCUGCCGCGGCUCCGGUGCUGGAGGAAGCGAGGCGGCCUCCCUGGAGGAGGGUUGGAGGCCAGGUCCUGGCCGUGCCUCCCCGGUGGGGCCCGCUGGACGACGCUUCCCCGUGCUGCGGUGCAAAUGCCUCACGUGCCCCCCGGCCCCGGGCGCUCGCGGGAGAGGGCCUGAGUGGAUUUACACAGAACCAGCGCGAGCUGACAAAGGCUCGUGGGGCACGGCAGGGCCCCCCCGGAGGCGCUGGCGCCUGGCUCUGCCCGCGGGAGACGGGGACAGGCAGAGGGUGGAUUAGCAGCGGCUGGGCCCGCGCAGAGCUGGGCUUUGCCGGUGUCAGGCUUCUGCGGCGCUGCAUCCCCAGGCAGGAAGGUGUCUUCAGACGUCGUGUCCUCCCUGCCGCCUCGGGCACCCCUCGCCCCUCGCGGUGCAGAGCGGGGCUGGCAAUCCUGUGGUGCUUUAUGGGAGGCACCCACCGUCCUUCCCAUGGUGCUUCAUCUCCAGCACGGCAGCCCUGGGCACGGCCAACCCUGAGGGCACGGGGCAGCUGGCUGUCCCCAGUGCCACGGGCUGAGCCCAAGCCGUCUCCACCGGCACUGCCAGCCAGAGGUGCUCCCAGCUCUGCUCCUGCGUGGGCCCUGGGCCGACUGGCACCCCCAGCCCUUGCGGUGCCCUCGUACUAAUGAAUCUACCAGCAGUGCUGCCUACAAGAGCCAUAACUUCCCGCUGCUCCCCAGGGGCAGGGCUGUCCAUGGGGGUUGCUGCCCUGCAGUUUCCCUCCAGCUGCCUCCGCCCUGGCCAGCCGGCGCUCCCAGGAGGAGCACGUGCCGAUCCAAGCCACGGGCCCAUGGUGCUCGUACCGUACCCGUCCAUCCUUUGUCCAGAAGCUGUGAUCAGUGGCAGCGGGGCCCGGGGCUUCCCCACCGCGCGUGUCCUGCAGCCGGGUGGGAGGUGCUGGGGUGCAGGGGCUCAGCGCAGCCCCGAGGCUGGGAACCGCCCUGGUGCCGCUGAGUGGCUGAUCCCAUCCCCGGCUGGGCUGUCCAGGCCCCCGGUGUAACAGCAGAGCCCGGCCCAGCCAGGCUUUGCCUGGCUCCGGGGCUGUGGCAGAGCAGGGGCCCACACUGGCGUGCCUCCAGGCCUGCCACCCCUGCAGUCACCGUACUGGUGUGGGGCUGUGCCCAGUGUAUCCGCAGAGCUCCCGGCAAGGUGAGGCUGGGACCACACCGCCCGAGGCAGAGAGCGAGGAGCAGCCAGGACCCAGGACACGGAGGGGCUGGGCAUGGGCAGGGAAGGCCUGCGUCCUGCUCUCCAGCCCCUGCACCCUGCCGGCCGGGGUGGAGCUUUGCCGGUGCGCUUCCUUCAGCCAAAGACCUCGGGGGAGCAGAGAGACCCUGCCCAAGACCCAGCUGCAGGACCUCCCCUGCCUGCCAGCAGCCUGGGCCUUGCCAGCCCCCUUCCUGGGGCAGGGUCUCCAGUGGUGUCACCGCAAUGCAGCCACUGCAAUGCAACCUCCCCAGGGCAAGCUGCGCUGGCCCUGGGUACCUGGUGCUGUGCCAGCUGCCCCCCAGGCCCAGUGGGCUCAGGGCAGUGUUGUCGGCUCGUGGCUGCCGGUCAGCUCUGGCUUGCAGGGGACAGGGUCCCCGCUCAGGGUUCGAGUCCCGCUGGGUGGGGCAGGGGCUGCAGCGCGGGCUCCAGCAGGCACCGUGCCUCCGUUGUUCGGCUGGUCCCUGCCAGCUGGGCUCUGGUGCUGGCUCCAUGCAGCUGGCAGGGAGGGAGCUGGCCCUGACCAGCCCGCGACAGGUGCCGGCCGGCAGAGGGAACAGCCCCCCGUCCACACACGUACUCCAGGCUGGCCGCUCCAUGCCCGCUUUUCAGGGCAAAAACCUUUCUACCGUUGCGCGCUGGGAUUUUUUUAUUUAAUACCAGGUUUUUAGACGCCUUUUGUAGCUCUCGGGCAUUUCCACUGACGCCGAGUGUUUGUAAAGCUAUUUAUUUUUUACCUGCGUUUUUUCAUAUUUUGGAAGGUCUGUUUUUAUAUCCCGACGGGUUUGUCACAAUAAAGACACUUGCACACGG